CUUCUGUCAAGGUUGGACCGUCUCCAUCAAAGUCGGCCGCCAUGAAUCGCCGAAUUGUGGCUUGGUCGAACGAAUUGUGGUGGGCAAUGGAAGCUUUCUCGUUGGCGAGAUGAAGGCCACUGUCUACCUUUGCUUAAUAACAUGGCAAGGCAACCUCGCGAUCGCAGGGCCACCGUGUACGGGUUGCAGCCACACACUCGAAGCAGCCUUUCCUGCAUCGACGACAAGUAAACGGAAAGCAGGAGAUCCUCCAAAAGGCGAUGCAUCGAUACUUGCCUCUGUCCUUGAGCUCUCUGCUGCUUCUGCCGCCCCGGGGGGACAAGUACGGUCUCUCCUUUCUCCUCGGCGGAAUGGGCACCGUCCUCGACUCCCAUUUCUUGGCGCUCACCGCCAUCGUUACGGUGGGUUAUCAGUUCCUUUUCUUCGUCGUCACGGCGCUCCUCAAAUUCGAUAAGGUCACGGAUUUUGCCGGUAGCACAAAUUUUGUUAUACUUGCAAUACUAACUCUGGUAGUAAAAGGAUCAUGGCAUUUUCGUCAGAUUGUGCUGACUAUUCUUGUAGCACUUUGGGGUCUUCGCCUAGGAGUGUUCCUAUUGAUGAGGAUCCUGCAGUGGGGGGAGGAUCGGCGGUUUGAUGAAAUGCGUAAUAACUUGGGGAAGUUGGCUGUUUUUUGGAUAUUCCAGGCUGUCUGGGUCUGGACCGUAAGCUUGCCACUCACAAUCGUAAAUGCUAGCGAUAGAAACCCAUCCAUCAAACCUCAAGAUGUUAUUGGAUGGAUAAUGUGGUCCAUAGGCAUAUCUAUCGAAGCCACUGCCGAUCAGCAGAAGUUGCUAUUCAAGAACUCUCCUGCGAACAAGGGAAAGUGGUGUAAUGCAGGGCUCUGGAAAUAUUCGCGUCAUCCAAAUUACUUUGGUGAGAUUUUCCUUUGGUGGGGAAUAUUUGUGGCCUCUACUUCAGUCUUGGAGGGUGCAGAAUGGCUUGUGGUGUUUGGACCCAUCUUCCUGACUCUCCUGCUUCUUUUUGUCAGCGGCAUUCCACUUCUUGAGGAAUCGGCCGACAAACGAUUUGGUAGCAUGGCAGAAUACCGAAUCUACAAGAACAUAACUAGCCCACUGGUGCCAUUACCACCUGCCGUGUACGGAAGAUUGCCUGCAUGGUUCAAGGUAGCUUUCCUCUUCGAGUUCCCUCUCUACAGUCGAAGUUUUCCACACGAGGGGAGAUUAAACUGAUACAACUGAAGCUGUUCUCAUUUCCUCUUUUCGGCAUUACGUUCUUCCGAAAUCGUGCUGAUACCUAAACCGAAACCGAGGCAUGUGUGCAAUUCAUGUAAACUUCUUCAAUUCUUGUAUCGACAUUCUAAACUAGGUCGUGUUGUCAAUCGUUCAUGUAUAAAUUCGACUUCUCCAUA